AUGCCUUGUGUUGAAAUCUUGCAAGUGCCCAUCGCCAAUGCACAGUUUCUAAACACUCUUGAGCCGUCAAUGCAUUUCGGACACUGCACGCACGAAGAAUCGACGGCUGGCGAAUCAAACGAAGAAAGGUCGAGCAGUCCGCAAGUAAAAAAGGUCGCAGACUGCCACGGUGUUGAUGACUUUGAUGUUUACGUUAAACGAAUUCUUCUCGAUAUCCAUAGCGAAGCAACGGGGAUUCUACUACUUUCCCGGCCUCCGGUCUGGUCCGGGAAACCUUUACUAGCCUGGAGCUGGAGAGAAUAG